AUGAGCACAGAGGAUAACAAUAUUAGCCACAUUGACAUUGAGGCCAUGAGGCUGGGUAUCCAAUUUAACAUGGAGCUGAGGGAAUACCUCAUCAAAAACAUCACUGAGGAAGACAUCACCAAAGCUCUUAGAGGAAUUGGAGACCUCAAAGCACCAGGGCUGGAUGGAUAUAGAACCAGAUUCUUCAAGGCCAGCUGGACAACCAUUAAAAAUGAUGUGAUUGCAGCGGUUAAGGAGUAUUUUGAGACAUGUAAAAUGUACAAACCUUUCAACAAUGUUGUUGUUUCCCUGAUUCCAAAAAGAAAUAAGGCUUGUGAGAUUAAAGAUUCCAGACCUAUAGCUGUCUGCACCACUUUUUACAAGAUCAUCUCCAAGAUCCUGAUUGAUAGACUAGGAUCUGUCCUACCUAGUAUGGUGAGUCACAACCAGGCUGCUUUUGUAAAAGGUCAGAACAUUCAUAACCACAUCAUGCUUGCUACUGAACUUCUAAAGGGAUACACUAGGAAAGGGGGCACACCUAGAAUUAUGAUGCAAAUAGACCUGCAAAAAGCAUAUGAUAUGGUCAGUUAG